AUGGGCAAACGGGAGGCCAUAGGGGAUAUUAUGGUCACAAGGGCAGGCAGGUGGGACAAGGCGGGGAAGUGGGACAAGGCGGAAAAGUGGGACAAAGCGGACAAGUGGGACAAGGCGGGCAAAUGGGACAAGGCGGACAAGUGGGACAAGGCGGGCAAGUGGGACAAGGCGGGCAAGUGGGACAAGGCGGACAAGUGGGACAAGAUGGGCAAGUGGGACAAGGCGGAAAAAUGGGACAAGGCGGACAAGUGGGACAAGUGGGACAAGGUGGGCAAGUGGGACAAGGCGGGCAAGUGGGACAAGGCGGGCAAGUGGGACAAGGCAGACAAGGCGGAAAAGUGGGACAAGGCGGACAAGUGGGACAAGGCGGACAAGGCGGAAAAGUGGGACAAGGCGGAUAAGUGGGACAAGGCGGACAAGUGGGACAAGGCGGGCAAGUGGGACAAGGCGGAAAAGUGGGACAAGGCGGAUAAGUGGGACAAGGCGGACAAGUGGGACAAGGCGGGCAAGUGGGACAAGGCGGAUAAGGCGGGCAAGUGGGACAAGGCGGGCAAGUGGGACAAGGCGGAUAAGGCAGGCAAGUGGGACAAGGCGGAUAAGUGGGACAAGGCGGAAAAGUGGGACAAGGCGGACAAGGCGGGCAAGUGGGACAAGGCGGGCAAGUGGGACAAGGCGGGCAAGUGGGACAAGGCUGAAAAGUGGGACAAGUGGGACAAGGCGGGCAAGUGGGACAAGGCCGGCAAGUGGGACAAGGCGGAUAAGGCAGGCAAGUGGGACAAGGCGGAUAAGUGGGACAAGGCGGAAAAGUGGGACAAGGCGGACAAGGCCGGCAAGUGGGACAAGGCGGGCAAGUGGGACAAGGCGGACAAGUGA